AUGCGGUUUAUCGCCUUCUUCGCGUCUGCUACCGGCUUUCUAACUUUGGUCUCUGCUCAGAGGCCUCCGAGGCCUUCGCCUGACUGGCCUUUUGAUGUGACAGAAAUCAAGGCGCCGGACGGGUCCAUUUCGGCCAGCUUCGUUUCGAUUGGAGCAACGCUCACCCAACUCUGGGUGAAGGACAGGGAUGGAAAGGCGAGGGACGUGGUUCUGGGUUAUGAUGAUCCCAGCCUACUUUGGUCCGACCCUGCCCAUCCGGUUUUCGGUGCGAUGGUUGGCCGCACAGUCAUGGAGCUGGGCGCUUAUGGGACUAUUAUAGGCACCUUUUCCAUCCCCAUCUCCAAGAACCCGACGCCUGGAGCUCCAGGGACAUACCAUAUCCCAACCAACGACAAAGGAGGCGCCGUGGCCCUCCAUGGAGGUCUCAUCGGCUGGGACAGGCGCAACUUUACGCUCGUCGCAAAGUCGCCUACGAGCGUUACUUAUAAGCACGUUGACAAUGGAGACGAGGGCUUCCCUGGAACCGUCACUGCCUACGUGACACAUACCGUGUCAAGAGGAGGCUCGCUGGAGACGCGUGUUAGGGCGACUGCGACCGAGAAGACGCCUUUGAUGAUGACUCAACAUACCUAUUGGAACCUUGAUGCCUUCCAAAACGGAGUCAACGACACCCUCGACCACGUUCUCCAAAUCGACUCGUCGAAAGUCAUCGAGUUGAACGAGAACGCCAUCCCGACUGGUGAAUUCAUCGAUGUUACAGGGACUGUGUUUGAUUUCAGGAAGCCUCAGGCUCAUGGAGCGAGAUGGGACGACGUUCAAGGACUUUGCGGUGGCGAAUGCACGGGGUACGACCACUGCUGGGUAUACGACUCGCGCGACCGGAGAGCUGCGAACCGACCCCGCACCUCGCUUUGGAGUCCCCACUCUGGAAUCCGCAUGGACAUCUACACCAACCAGGACGCACUCCAAAUCUACUCCGCAUACUGGAUGAACACUGUCAGGAAGAAGGCUCACGGCGGACCUGAGCUGAGCUAUGGACGCUGGUCUGGUAUUGCGCUUGAGACGCAGGGUCAUGUCGCUGCGAUCAAUACGCCCGAGUGGGGUGUUGACCAUAUUUAUGGUAAAGUGGCUGAACUUGGGGUUGUAGAUGGGCCAAAUCGUCCAUAUGAGUGGAAGACGACGUAUAAGUUCUCUACCGUUCAGUAG